AGCUUGAAAUGAAACAAAUUCGUACAUAGGCCAUUCAACAUUCAAAAACAGCAGAACUUCUUAAGUCUAAAAGUCUUAUAUCUAAAAGUACAGCAAGAUUUAAAAAUGAAAAUGAUUUAUCUAAAUCAGCCACAAAGGACAAUCUAACCAAACAUAGUUGGACAAAGCAUGCAGCUCUGAGCUACAUUUGUUAGCCAAAUUUCAAUGGAAAGUCUGAAGCCAUGACUAUUGUGUGUUAACUUCCAGGUGGCCUAUGGACUUGGGGAAUGUGAAAUGCAAAUGUGAGAGAGGGCUUUGUAAAUUAGCUUUUGCCUGCCCCGCUGCAUUCGUCAACUUUCCUUAAUUCUCAUUCAGCACCACCUUUCACUUUGGAAACUGGUUCACAGGGAACAUGUUGUUAUGACAGAUAACAUAGCCUAAAACUUGUUGAUCCUCUCUUUUAAAAUGCAGAUUGUAAGGAUCAAGACACUGUCUGGUGCAGGAAUGCUGCUUUUUGCUGCGCUAUUCAUUUUUAGCCAAACUUCAUAUGUGGCUUCCGCAGAGGUGACCCAAUGGGCAGAGAUCAUGAUUGAGGGGAAUAAAACAUUAAAUGUUGCAGUCCAUCUGCCUGGACUUAUAGGGACUCUUCUGGAUACAACAGGGGUAACUAUCACAGAUGCUGAAAUAGCAGCAGAGUGUGAGAUAAUUGGCCAAAAUUCAACAUGCUGGUGUGGACCAGACUAUGUUUGGAGUAAUCUUGUGUGUGACAAUGUAAAUAAAUGCUGCAAUGUGGACAAAUGUGUGGCAAAUGUUUCAUACUACACACCUCUGUGUCUGCCAAAAGUGAAUGUUUCACUUAUUGGUGUACUCACUGGGAGCUCCCCAGACGUCCAAACACUGCUGCUGAAUGCUUUUAAUGUGCUAAAUGCCUUCAACUCAUUGACCAUGCAAGGCAGCCUUUACACAGGCAUAAGUACAUACGCUCACAAUUUCACAGUCUCUCUUAGUUCUGUGUUUUCCACCCUCAAAGUUCAAAGCAUAAUUUCUACGCUGUUGACAAAUCGAACCAUUUACAGUCUCAGUGUUAAGUCACUAGGCAUGGUAUACAUGGAGGCACCUACAGGAAAAGUGUGUUACAAUUCAAGACAACAGCUGAACUGUACCAGUAUAGAGGCUAUGAGCAAGUGCGUGUGGCAGAUGUCCAGAGAUGAUGAAGCGACAUUGACUCUGGGACCAGGGAGUGAAGUACAGCUGUCAGAUACUUGUACAGAACUCUCAACAGUCACUCUUCUAAAGACAAAUGGAUUCUGGUCAGGAACAUACAUCUGCCUUUUCGUCGCUGGGAACAUAGCUCACAUGGCCAUGGCACCCAUUCAAAUUGCACUUCUGCCAGAGGUCAUUAAUGUGACAAGCAAUCCACAAACUGCAGAUUGUUCUGCAUCAUCAUCCACCAAAGUUAGCAUCUUAUGUUCCAUCGAAAACAGCACUGAAACCUACAAAGCCAUGCUAAAACUAAUCCUGACCAAAAACCACCACUUAAAAAAUAUAAUUAAAAAAAUAUCUUAUAAACCUCACUUUACAUUAAACAAAAAUACAACUACUUAUUAUCUUGGCUGCACUUUAUUUUACACAAAUAAUCAACUGAGUCUGCAAGUCACAUAA